CUUUAAUUUUAUGGUGGUCAUCGGUAGUCUCGAUUUUCCAAUUCAUUAACAUUAAUUUAUAGAUUUUUCUUAUAAAUUUAAGUAUUUUCCGAUUGUUUAAUAUAAUUAUGGUGUUAGUGUUUACCAUAUAAUUAAUUUUAAAACGUUUUAAUAUCGCAAUCGCAAAUUUUUGUCAAAUUUUCGUACAAUGGCUGCAACAAGACGAUUACAAAAGGAAUUAAAUGAUAUUAGACAAUCAGGAUUAAAAUCUUUUAGAGACAUUCAAGUUGAUGAGUCCAAUCUUCUAACAUGGCAAGGACUUAUUGUUCCCGAUAAUCCACCAUACAAUAAAGGUGCAUUUCGCAUUGAAAUCAACUUUCCUGCAGAGUAUCCAUUCAAACCACCAAAAAUUAGUUUCAAAACCAAGAUCUAUCAUCCAAAUAUUGAUGAAAAAGGCCAGGUAUGCCUACCCAUCAUAAGUGCUGAGAAUUGGAAACCUGCCACAAAGACUGAUCAAGUUAUUCAAGCUUUAGUGGCUCUUGUCAAUGAUCCAGAGCCUGAACAUCCUUUACGUGCAGAUCUCGCUGAGGAAUUCCUCAAGGACCGAAAGAAAUUCACAAAGAAUGCAGAGGAGUUUACUAAAAAGAACAGUGAAAAACGGCCUACUGAUUAAAUAUCUAUCAAUUUCAAGAAUCAAUGUAUAUUCUGGAUUUACAGCAACAGUUCACAAUGUUGUAACAAUUGCUUGCUAAGUGUCAUUAUAAUAUGAAAUUUCACUCUUAAAUGUUGCUGAUUUAAAGAUGUUUUGCAUUUAUAUACCAUUAUAUUGGGUAAGUUUCAAGUUUUUUUUCAGCAUAGAUAAU